UGUUUCAGCCCAGAGCAGUGGUAGCAGAGCCGGGCAAGUGUUUGACCCGCACACCGAAAUGACAGCGACCCUCCUCCUCCUGCCGCCGCCGCUGCUGCUGCUGCUGCUCUGCUGCUCCGCCGGAGAAGCUCAACAAAGCACCGCUGCUGUCAGAAAUUAUUAUGUAGCAGCUGUAGAGAUCGGCUGGGACUACAUCCACCUGGACGAAGGAGACCCAGCGGCCGAGCAAAGGACAAGAUCUAAAGAUAUUCCUCAAAAGUACAUCAAGGCGGUGUACAGAGAGUACACAGAUUCAACAUACACUGUCCCAAGGCCAAGGCCAGCAUGGACAGGCAUUCAAGGCCCUGUGAUCGUGGCCAAGGCCGGUGACAGGGUGGUGGUCCACUUCAAAAACCUGGCCUCUCAGCCGUACAGUAUCAGCCCAGUGGGGAUCAGCUACUGGAAACAGUCUGAAGGAGCCGGAUAUGAUGACUCCUCAGCAGGUCAGGAGAAGGAGGAUGAUGCCGUCCCUCCUGGAGGAUACUAUGAGUACGUGUGGGACAUCAGUGGCAAAGACGGUCCGACCAUCGGUGAUCCAGAGUGUCUCACCUACUCUUACUCAUCCCAGGUGGACCCUGUCCGUGAUGUCAACACCGGACUCAUCGGUGCCCUGCUUAUAUGCAAAGCAAGUGCCUUCUCUGAAGAUGGCCAGAGGAGAAAUCCAGCAUUUGUCCUGCUGUUUGCCGUGUUCGAUGAGACAAAAAGCUGGUACGGGGAGGUAGGAGAGAGAAGGAGCAGAGAGAAGUUCAAGAGGAGCCCUGAGAGGAAAGAAUACCACACCAUCAAUGGAUAUGUCAACUCAACAUUACCGGGUUUGAAAGUGUGUCAGGGUCGUAAAAAUGUGUUAUGGCAUCUGAUUGGGUUGGGCACAGCUUCAGAAAUCCACUCCAUUCAGUUUCAGGAUCACACCCUGCAGGUGUUGACACAUCGUAAAGCCACUGUGGAAGUGACCCCUAUGUCAUUCAUCACUGCAGAACUGAGACCUGCUACUGUCGGCCGCUUUCUCAUCAGCUGUCAGAUACAUGCUCACCGCUAUGAUGGUAUGAAUGCUUUGUUCAUGGUGGAGAAAUGCCCCGAGCCUACCGUUCUGCCGGGACCUGACCUACGUAACGUCAAAUACAAUGACGACGACUACGGCGAUGACAGUUUAUUCAACACCAUAAGCUUUCAAAAACCACAAAUGCAAGCCAGAACAAACCGAGGAGAGCAGUCUAGAACCUGGCAACACUACAUCGCUGUUGAAGAGGUCACCUGGGACUACGCUGGUCAUCUCACACCCACAGACAGUGUGAUGCAGUCUGUAUAUUUGCCUGAAGCUCCACAUCACCUAGGCUACAGGUAUAAAAAGGUGGCUUAUGUGGAAUACACAGACGGAACUUUCACUCAGAGGAAAAAUACUAAAACAACACUGCUGGGUCCACUUCUAAAGGGAAAAGUCAACGAUCAAAUCCAUAUCACGUUCAAAAACAUGGCUGAUCGUCCUUUCAAUAUCUACCCCAUUGGCCUUACCCAGAUAUCUCCACUGGACAAAUCUACAAAUGAGAAGGACCUGCGCUCAAUGGGAGUUCCCCCUAACGGGACGUUUAGUUAUGUUUGGAGGCUUACAAUAAAUGAUGGGCCCUUGAAGGGAGACCCCGAGUGUCUGACUCAACUGUAUCAGAGCACCGUCAACCCGGAGAGGGACUUGGCCUCUGGGCUGGUGGGCACCCUGCUCAUCUGCAAGCAAGGAGCCAUAGACACCAGAGGACGUCUGUUUGGCCCAGAUAAAGAGUGGAGCGUGACAUUUGCAGUGUUUGACGAAAACAGAAGUUGGUACUUCAACGAUAACAUGCAGAAUUCCAGCAAAAACUCCUACAACACAAUGGACCCUGAAUUCUACAACUCAAAUGUCAUUUACAGCGUGAACGGCAUCAUGUUCUGCGGACGUCAGUUUGCUAUUCUUAAAACUGACGUCACCUUCUGGCUCGUGUCGUAUGUGGGCACCCAGAGCGACUUCCUCUCCGUUUACUUCACUGGAAACCGCUUUCAGUACCAAGGCCUCCACCAGUCAGUCCUCACCCUCUUCCCCAUGACUGGAGUGACUCUUACCAUGGAACCCGAGGUGAUGGGUGAGUGGGAAAUCAUUGCCUUCGAUAGCAGACUGAAAAACCGUGGCAUGAGCGUUCGUUACUCUGUCCUUCAGUCCAGUGCCGGAGACCUCCCUCUAGUCGACCAUGACGACGAUGAAGACAUUUCUGCAUAUAUCGAUCUGCUCAUGCCGAGGAGCAGAAGAUCUCAUAAUGGCACAGUGAUGGUUCAAGUGUUCAAAAACAAUACUCAAACAGUAAACGCUUCUAGUCUUAAUGUCACUGAAACUGAGGGAACUGUAGGACAGUCAGGGUCUGUGACAUCAUUGGAAGAGCCAGACGGAGGGAUCCCGCUGAAUAUCUUGGAGGAAAUCGACAGAGACGGAGAGUGGACCGAGUCUGAGAAUGGGACUGAACCCAGAGGAGAAAGUGGUGGCAGACAGAGAAGACACACUGAGGGCAACUGGACAGAUGGAGAUAUCAGCUCUGGAGCCUCUGAGGAUGGAAGUACUGCUAUGGAGAUUGGACAUCCUACUAUGGGAAAUGGAACCGACAGCAGUGACGAGGUAAAACAAGAGGAAAUAAGUUCACAGAAUGGGACAAAGGGGGAGCUUGAAGAGAGCAACGAGAUCUUACAGAACAUUAAGCCGCUGCUGGACAGGAAUAAUAGAAACACAAAUUUAGAAAAAAUACAUCAGAACCACAUUACAGCGGCUCUGCAGCCUGUGGAAUACAACAUCACUGUGGAGAACAAUUACACAGCAGGGAUUGAUCUGUCCCUAGAGUAUGACGACUACAGCCAAGAGGUAAAAAGCACAGCAGAUGAAUUUGGCACAGACUACAUUGAUCUGCGCUCUGGAGAGAAGAGAGAUGAAACUUACUACAUCGCGGCAGAGGAGAUCUCAUGGGACUACGGCAUCAGAAAACCACAUCAGCUCAUCAAACCCAGAGAGAUGCGUCGCGGGAUGAGAAAAUUCCUGCCAGAGUAUAAGAAAGUUGUGUUUCGAGCCUAUUGGGAUGAAAAGUUUGAGCGUCCCAUAGGCAGAGGAGAGUUCCAGGAACACCUGGGGAUCAUGGGACCUACUAUCAGAGCUGAGAUUAAUGAACGCUUCACUGUGCUCUUUAAGAACAAGGCAUCCAGGCCUUACUCCUUUCAUCUUCAAGGAGUCUAUGAUCAUGGCCAUGGAGCAGGCGUCACCCAAACCCACUCUCCCACAGCUCCAACCGGGGUCCCAGGAGAGCCUGUGCCUCCUGGGGAGGCACGGACCUACAACUGGAGAGUCACCAGAAAGCAAGGGCCGUCUGACAGUGAAUUUGAUUGCAAAGCAGGAGCUUACUACUCCACUGUGGACAAGGAGAGGGACCUUCAUUCAGGUUUGAUUGGUCCUCUGGUGAUCUGUAAACCCAACACCCUCAAUCGUCUGAGAAUACAGACAAACAUCCAGGAGUUCUCUCUUCUUUUCCACACAUUUGAUGAAACUAAGAGCUGGUACAUGGAGGAGAACCUGCAGCAGCACUGUGCCCCCCCCUGUCAGGUCAACACUGAGGACCCCUGGUACCACAUCAGUAAUAAGUUUUCAGCAAUAAAUGGUUAUGUGGCAGAGACACUUCCUGGUCUGUUGGCUGAGCAGCACAAGCAGGUCCGGUGGCACCUCCUGAACGUAGGAGGUGAUGGAGAACACCACGCUGUUCACUUCCAUGGUUUACCUUUCACUGUUCACACUAAACUGGAACACCGUAUGGGCAUCUACAAUCUCUUCCCUGGGGUGUUUGGCACGGUGGAGAUGAGACCACCCACACUUGGCACCUGGCUGGUGGAGUGCAAUAUAGGAGAGUACCAGCUGGCUGGCAUGAGAGCUAAACUUCUGGUCUAUAAACAAAGAUGUUUGAUGCCUCUGGGGAUUAAAUCAGGACGCAUUGAGGAUUCCCAAAUGACAGCAUCAGAUUAUAAAGAUAGCUGGCAGCCAGCACUUGCAAGACUGGAUCAGUCCGGUUAUAUCAACGCCUGGAUGGGCAGGAACAAUAAUUCAUGGUUACAGGUGGACCUUCAGAGGCCUACCCUGCUGCAUGGUGUGGAGACGCAGGGAGUCAGGGCCAAGCUGAGGGACCACUUCAUCAGAAUCUUCAGAAUUUCCUACAGUCUGGACCAGGAGACCUGGUCCACUUACAGAGGAAACAAUACAAAGCAGGCACAUAGAUUUCGUGGCAACUUGGACAGCUCCACAGUGACACAAAACCUUUUCAUUCCACCCUUUUUGGCUCGCUAUGUCAGGAUUCAUCCAGUAGACUAUAAGCAAAGGCCUGCUCUCAGGCUGGAGCUGCUGGGCUGCGACCUAAACAGCUGCUCUCAGUCGCUCGGGCUUCAGAAGCGUGAAUUUCUUGACGAAAGCUUUAGCGCCUCUUCAACUUAUUCAUCUCUGCUGCGUAGCUGGAGCCCCCACUUCGCUCGCCUGCAUCUGGAAGGUAGCACCAACGCCUGGAGGCCGAAGAACAACAACCCCCACGAGUGGCUGCAGGUUAACUUGGGGAACGUAAAACGCAUCACAGGGGUCAUAACGCAAGGAGCCCGAUCACUGUUGACCCAAAUGAUGGUGACAGAGUUCUCUGUCACUGUUAGCCGUGACGGACGCUCGUGGAGCAGUGUGUUAGAGGAGAGCUCCCAAAGAGAAAAGAUCUUCCCAGGAAACAACAGCCCAGAUGAGGAAGCUCUCAAUGUAUUUGAACCGGCUCUGUUCAGCCAAUAUCUCCGUAUCCACCCCCGGGGCUGGAUCAAUGGCAUCGCCCUGCGCCUCGAGUUGCUGGGCUGUGACACACAGCAGUGACUCUGACACACUUGGCUUUUUGUAGUUGUGACUGGCAAAAAAAAGAAAUACAUAUAUAUGUCAUGUAGAGCACUUAAUAAUAUUUCCAUAUUUAAUGUGACCUUUAAUGAAGAGUGUCUUGUAGCCACUCUGUUUACUUUUUUAAUAACAUGUUCUUUGUGCUUUUUAAGCAGUAAAAAUGUUGUUAAAAUGAAUAUUGUCUUCAUGAAGCAAAGCUUUUUGUUCGAUGUAAUGUUCAAAAGGAUAGAAGGGGUUCAUUUGGGUUCAAAAGAAUAUUGUAGGUUUGGGAGUUUCAACAGGGCCACAGUGUUUGAAUGCAGCUGAGCGACACAGUAUUUCCUUUACUGUAAAGAGUGUUUACUAUAGAAAGUGUACCUGUGUGUAAAUAUUACAGACUCAGAUUGAUGUAUAAAGUUUGAAGGGUUGAUGUAUAUUGUUGGAAAAGUGUAUAUUAAUGUAUUUUUCUGCUUUAUGAGCUUUUAUAUAAACAAUGAAUCUCAAAGGA